UUGAUCGCCGACGACGCAUUGAGAACAUUACUCGAAGCAAAGUUUUACAAAAAUGCCAUUCCAAAGGUUUAUAUAUUUGUCUAUUACCAUUAUUCUAUAACGUAUUAUUAAAUUUUGUUUAUUGUAUGGACACAAAAAUUUAGGUAUCUGAGAAAACAUGUGGAACAAUAAGUACCUCGUUAGCCAAUCAGGUUGCAAGGACGGUCAAGAACGUGAUCCUUAGCACAUAGUGUGUUCGUUGUGAUCAUAACCCCAGAAAUUGUCCUUUUUCUGGUACUAUGGCGGCAGUUUUCUCCAUAGAGCCUCGAUGAUGGAUUGCUUUGAUACCUGUUCUGCGUCUUUGCCAAAUAUGUGAGAGAAAUUGCCGAAAUGGAGCGUGUUAAACGAGCUUCAUCUGUUCGAGGUCGACUUGACUUCAAUGUUGACGAGGAAGAAAACAGUCACUCCAUUCUCCGCAAACACCAGUCCCUUCCACCAAAAAGGAAGAAUGUCCACUUUGCUGAUGGCUUUGGGAAGCCUUUAGUUUCAGUGUACAGCGAUGAGGAGUUUAAUAUGCACGUUGCCUUAGCUAUGACUAAGCGCGAACUACAAAAAUAUCAAAAGAUCUUGAAUAUUUGCUUCUCUCAACCUGUGGCUUUGGAGGGUUUCAAACUUCGACUCGAAAAUGAAUUUGUCUGUAUGGAAAACGCCUCAACAUCACGCAAUACCAUCAUGGGUACUAUCAAGGUGAAGAAUAUUUCUUAUCAUAAGGAAGUUUUGGUGAGAUAUACACUAGACUCUUGGCACUCGUUCACAGAUGUCCCCGCGAGCUACGUCCUGGAUUCGUUUGAUGGUAAUUCUGAUCGCUUCUCUUUUGCAGUGACAAUUCCAGAGUAUUUUAUGGCUUCUGGGGGAAAUAUUGAUUUUGCAAUUUGCUUUAGAGCCGAUGGUAAAGAGUUCUGGGAUAAUAAUUCUGGACAGAACUAUAAAGUCGAAUGCAGAGACGACGGAUCCAAAAUGGCGGGCCCGUCUGUGAAUGGCUUCUGAAAAGCGAAUUGACUCAUAUCUGUGUAAACUAAUGAUAAAUAUUUAUAGCUCGGAAAAUCAAUUUUUAGUAAAAAAAAUAUUUCUGCUAAUAGUACCCGAAGUGUCGGACAAGUUGCUAACGAAUUAUGUUUGUUAUUAUAUGAGACACUCAAUUGUUAUGAUAGAGGUGCAACACCAGCAGAAAGACAAAAAGUCAGUUAAAGAAUAGAACUGUAUAAUAUAAGUAUACCUUACAAACCCCUCCUCCAAUGCCUAAGGAAAGAUUAAACUUUUAAUAACCUCUUUAUAUGAGAUCCUUUUAUGUUAAGCAUGAAAUGGUACAGCUGAAACAAUAAUUUAAGGCUUGUCACUUUUCAUGUAAAUAUUAUGAGGUGAUCUCUGUUUCUGACAGUAUUCAGGAUGGUACCUAAAUGUUUAAAUCGCCUUCUAUUUCUAAUUGUUUUACUCGGUUUAUAUAUACCAAGUGUUUGCUCAUCUUGAAGUUCGUGCAAAUCAGAACUUAUCUUGGUUAAUCCCUGUGCUAAACAGCCCUGCUGUACUUGGCUGGCCACACGAUUAAGGAAAUGUUUGAGACUCCCAGCAUGGUGGUAAAACAGCCAUGCGGGGCCAAGGUUUUGCCACUGGUGCUGUUUGUACGGUAUCAGACUGCUAGUGUCAUGAAACUAAUUCUUAUACACUUUUUUUUAGAUGGUUAAAUGUGGAGCAAACUGUAAAAGAAAGUUACGUAGCCAUUCCAUUGUUAUUGUUUUGAGGUGACUGGUGUGACUGUUAGUCAGAGAUUAGAAUUUUGUGUGUCUGACUUUAAAAAAUAAACAAAUUUAUAAGCCA